GAUAAAGAUGGAAAUAUCGACAGGAGCCUCGUUACCGCCUAUACAGUUACCCUCGUGCCGGAUAUUCCCAUCUUUACCCGCAACCAGGGAAAUAUUCUUAUAAUAUUUAUGGUAUAAUAUGUUAACAUCAUACAAAGAUACAUUCUUCUGUUUAUUUGAAGCAUGCUAUGUCCAAAUUAUGUGAUUGACUUUAGUCAAAAACAGAUCUGUUAGAAAAUACACAAAUGAAUAAUUGUUCGGAUAUACCAUUUAAGCAUCUACCGGUUCACCACCGAUAUUCAAGCAGAUUCCUUUUAAAGAUGCUGUAGCACUAAAAGACGGAUCGCACAAAUUCUUAUGCAGAGUAAGAGGUGUCCCAAAACCAUUUAUAGUUUGGUACCAUGGAAACGAAAUGUUAUCACAGAACAAAAGGAUCAAAAUCGGGAAAUAUUCCAUGCGAAUUAACAACUUAAAUCAGUCUGACAGCGGGAAAUAUGCGUGUAAAGUUUCAAACCAAUAUGGUGUAAUCUGGGGAAACUUCAGUUUACAAGUGGUCAGAAAUGGAGAAGAAGUUCGUAUUCCAGGGAAAUAUGAAUAUCACGAUGAGUUUGCAGAUCUAAAAGGGCCUCCUCAGUUUAAGAAAAGGUUGAACCAAGUUAAUUUAAUGACUAGAAUGGCAACAGGCUCGGUAGAUCUCGAUUGUGAUGUCCUUGCUUACCCCGCAGCUAGGAUAACCUGGUGGAAAGACGGACACAAAAUUCAAGCAUUGUCAGGAAAGUAUAUAUUUGACGGUUAUAAGCUGAAGGUAAAGUCACUGACCUUUGAAGACACUGGUAAUUACACUUGUACCGUAUGGAACGAGUACGGUUCUGUCAAUUGGACAACAAAAAUAGAAGUACAACGACAGAGAAUUGCGAUCGCACCAAUUAUGGAAGAUAUAAAGAACCAGACUGCAAUGAUCGGCAGCAAUGUCACUUUCACAUGUCAGAUAGUGUGGAGCGAUUUACAGCCACUUUUACAGUGGCUUCGACACUUUAAGGAAAAUGAUUCAUUUGUAAACGAUAGAGGAGAACCGUAUGUUCAAAUUCUUCAAUCGAGAGGGUUUACAAGUACAAUUGAUGACCCGCAACACCUUGUUCUACGUAAUGUGACGAAGGAAGAUCAGAGUUGGUACACAUGCCUAGUUGCCAACACAGUUGGUAUGAACUACAGGAGUGCAUGGCUUACUGUUAAAGAAGGAUGUGAAGUUAACAAUGGUAACUGUCACACCUAUGCAACGUGUGACCACGGUGAAGGGAUGAGCAAUUGCAAGUGCAAGCUUGGAUACACCGGCGACGGACACACGUGCACUAAUAUAGACGAGUGCUCAGGAGCAUUCUAUCCAUGCCUGCGAGACUACACAUGUGAAGACAGAGACCCAGGUUAUUUUUGUGCACCAAUUAUGCCCUAAUAUGUAUCACCUGAAGACUAUAUAUGCCGCCUAUAUUGACAGUAUCCUGAUGUCAGACACAAGAGGAUUAUAUAUUUUAACUGUAUGCACGAUUCAUGUAAAGGGGAAAUAGUACCCAACUCUUUUAUUUUAUAUUACACUCUUCUCUCGACUAUUUGUAACGUAUAUAUAUUUCUUAAAAUCAGCCAACAAUUGAAAGAGAUACGGAUUUUAAGAAGAUAAAGGACUACGAUUUUAAAACUCCCUGAAUUGAAUGACUUGAGAUUAUAAGGCAGACGGAUUGAACUUCAAAACAUGUUUUCGUUAUCAAAAAAGACGCGUGACCUUCGGCAAUAUAAUCAGUUUGUUCGACGCCGUCAAGUAUAUGGGAUACACUUUUAUUUUGGACCAUGUAAAGAUGGUAAUGAAUAGUUUCGAAACGAUAAACAGAACACUGUGAAUAAUAUGUUAAGGACCCAUGAUAUUGCACAAUAGAUUUUAGAAAAUGAACAAAAAAUGACAAAAAGAAAACAUCAAAAAUGUAUGUAAUGCAAAUUAUUACCGGAUAUAAAACAAUGUGCUUUUUCAUUCCUCUCCUUAUUUGUAGAGCAGAAAAUUAUUUUUAUUUAAACUUUCGUCAAAAUGUUGAUCCGAUUUAUUGAUAAGGGACGUUUCCCUUGAAGUAAAAUAUGUUUUCCAAAUAUCCAAUGAAAUUGUAGGAAAUGACAUUACCAGAUCUGGUGAACUUUAUCAGUGAAUAGAAAGCACUACAUUAUGAGCCACAACUCUGAAAUAAUUAUCUUUCAGCAUUUCCUCAUUUCCAGACAAACUACAUUUAUGUGAAACUUCAUACACAUGCACCUGCAUAUAAGAACUUUCCACAGGUGCUGCCUGUGAAAUAAUUAAUUCAGUUUUGUGUGUAAAGGGUUCACCUACUCGCAAUGUCAAUGCCAUGGUAGGUAGAUGAUUUGUAUUGCAUGGUAAUACUUCUUUAUCAUGUUUAUUCUUGACUGUUUCUAACAGUUUAUAAUAUAUAUUGUGUUGCUAAUGUUGAUGAUUUGUAACCGGUCAGACUAAUACAGUAAUGGUAAUUUCUCAUAUUGCAGUAAAUAUACUUGGCGGCGUCUUUGAUGAUUGCAUCAAUGCAUUUCCUUGUUUCAUUUGGUCUGUACAAUUAUUCUUUUAGUGUGUCCAAUAGUAGACUUCAUAUGUUGAAUAAUGGAAUAAUAACACAUAAUAUUAGCUGAAAAUAUUGCUGAACGACUUCUGCUUAAUAUACAGGGAUUAUAUGUGUCUUUCAGUUAAGUAUUUUUUAUUUUUAAUUACAUACAAACAGUCGUCAACCAUUAGUUGAGUGUUUUGUAAUUCUGAAAUUUCUCGCGAUAUAAGAGGUUAAUGAUGGUCGCAAAUUACAUGAAUGGUGACGGUUGUAAAUACUGUAAAGAUAGAAUGUACUCUCAUUCCAAAUUUUCAAAAGGCUGUAAUGCAAGGUUUCAGAUUAAAAACGAAUCAUUUUUUCAA